ACAAUAUUCAUUCCGACGCCCCAAUUAGCCGACUGUGCGUUCGAUUUUUCAUGCCGUCCUUCUGAUACUUGAAAACAAAAGAAUACGCUGCGAGAGUUUUUGUCAUUAAAGCAGGGUGAAGUGACAUAUGCAGGCGCUUGCUGACAACGGCUCCUUCAGUAGUCCCAAGAGAGGUUUUCAUCUGAAAUCGGUCACUGAUGCAGAUAUAUAGACAUUUGAAAAUAGCGAAUUAAAAUAGGACAUCUGGUUGCCUCCCACUCAUCCACACAUUAAAAUGAGUAAACACAUAUACAGUCUAAACUGCACAUAACAAACCCGGAUUAAGCGUUUUGCUCUCUAUAUCGAACACGAAAAUGUUAUUGACGGAUACUCGCGUAAAUAAUACUGUUUUAGUGAACUAGACAUUGGAUAUGUCGAUAUCGGGGCACACGCUGCAAGUGCCAUGAAGCUACCCACAUGCCGCGAACGCAACGUUCAGGGGAGUUGCUUUUACUGAUUGUUUUUCACUCGCCUUUUUUUCUUUUUUUAGAUCUUUCUGCGGUGGUUGUCAUGUGCCAGUACUGUGCCGACAUUUUGGGAGGUGGACCGGGGCAGGCCUACAAUAUGUAGCGCAUCACGAGCGCCAUUUUUAUUUACGCUGAAAAAUAGUCCAAGGCAAAGGCAAAACUUAUUGCCUACGACGCGCACCUUUGCUUACAAUUAGUGAGCUCCUUCGUUGCUUGUUUUCUCCGCUUAAGAUGAGAAAUCCGUAAAAAUAUGAACGUGCCACUGAAGUUCGUGUAUUUCCGUUAUAGGCGAGUUUGGGCAUGCCGAAUUACUUAUCGAACUAUUUCAAGCACAAAUGUAUCUUCAUUAUUAACGGAUUCCACUUGAGUAUAAUUUAUUAAAGGGAGCCUCGAUGUGACCUUUGUGACGACGCCUUUAUUACACGCAUUCAUUCCCAUUGUAAAGUUCACAAGAUCACCUGUGACGUCAGGACUGCCUUGUUUCGUGUCCUUCUCUCCCAGAGAGACUUUGUUUCCGGAUGAAGAGGAGCCAUGGUACGAACGCAGCAUCAGUUUGCCUCGACAUUUCGAAGGACCAUCGGGGCAGCCGACAUAUGUCGAAGUUGAAGACCUAUCCGUUCCUGUGUUCACGUACAUGGUGUACGGCCUCUUCAGCGGCUUCCUCGUCGUGCUCAUCCUUAUCGCCAUCGUAGCGUACAUCAUCUCAUUCGCGGCACCAAAGAGUCCGUCGUUCCAGCCUCUUGUGCUGUGCUACUACGAUCCGACCAUGAGCGCCACUUUCACUCCAGCCUUUACGAGGUCUGACCUCUGCAUCGAGUGCUGCUCGUAUUUCAUCUAUGACGGUCUCGAAGUAGACGCCCAGGGGAUCAUCAAGGAAAGAAUCGGCACCGGACCUGCUUCAGCGUUGACCAUCAGCGACUGGCUGCAGCUGAAGCCAGCGGGGAAGAUGAAGAUGCUAUGCGGCCUACGCGUCGAGCUGGCGCCCGCAUUCAAGGACGCGUUGGACCCUCGUAUAAAGACGAUAGUGGAUACUUUACGCUCAACCUACGCCGAUUUUGACGGUGCCGCGUUCAUGUGGGCCUCCCCUGAAACGAGCCAGGAAAUAUUAUUAUACCAGGCAUUGCGCAGCGAGCUCGAUCGGGCCGACUACAAGAUCAUUGCCCACGUUGCGAGAUUUCUCAUCGAUACCUACAAUUUUGCCGAGAUGAAAAAGUAUGUUGACUUCAUUGUGAUAAAUACGCACGACUUUGCUGUUCAUGGAAAGGCCUAUCCACCUUGCAUGUACGAAUCUGGAAGCAUCAUGGAUGUUGUGGACAAAAACUUGGUGGAUGUGCUUAACCGCAUCCUAACGGCGGCUCCGUUCGUGAGUACAAGGCUGGUGCCAACCGUGUCGACAGUCGGCAAAAAGUACGUCUUCGAAGACGCGAAUAACGUGAAUGUUGGUGACCGCGUCGACCUGUCAAAACCUCCGGAGGACUCUCCUCUCUUCAAGUUUUGUGAAGAUAGAACUGCAUGGACCACGAAGAUGGACGACAAAACAAAAUGCGACACUGCCUUCAACAACAUGAAAGAAUGGAUCGGUUUCGAAAGCCCGACGUCCGUCGCGAUCAAGACCGAGUUGGUGAAGAAAAAAAAACUUCCGGGCAUCGCCGUUCUCAACAUAGAGCAGGACGGCCGGGAAGCCUGCACCGGCGACAAGAAGCCGUACCUGCUGGGUGCUGUGCACCGGGGCCUCCGUAUGCCUUGAGGGAGUAGAAGAACGAUGACCGACUCCCACGUGGAGUUAGUAAUCGAAGCACGUAUAUGAAACAAACAGAAAACAGCAGCACAACGUCUCGUCUUUGUUACAUUCUUCUUGAUUAGAUUUUCGGCACCAUUUGUGCCAGUGUUACCCAGUGAAGGCUGAACAAUCAAACCGUACACUUACAUGUUGAAAUCCAAAGAAAACAAAAUCACCAACAGGACACAUUGCAGUCGUUAUUAAAAGUCUCAUUUAGUACGUUCUUUGUGUGUGAGUGGUAGCGUACGACAUUGCAUUGCAGAGUAGUAUAGGAAAUCUGAUAAUAUAGCUUUUGUUUUGUGGUUUAGUUAGCCCUAUGAUAAACUAUAGCAAAAUGCAACUGUGGAACGUGUUGAAGCAAUUUGCUACAUGUGCAUAUAUUAGCGCAUUUAGUUUAUUUUGCAUAAGCUUUCUCUAGAAUAUUAUUUAUUAAUUUAGUUCUUCAAUAUGGUCACGGAUAAAUUGGCGUGAAAUGCAGAUGCAAACAGAGAAAUGUAUGCUGCAUCAAUGGUUUAUUUGCGUAUUUAUUCAAUGAGAUCAAGUCGGUGAUUAAGGUGUGCUAACGACGAUAAGCCUUAGCGCUACCCAGUCUGCCACAGCCGCUCCCCUUCUCUCGACCAUGGUCUGAUUAUUGCACGGGGGUAUGCGAGUUUCAUGCCAAAAAUAAUGGUAAAUAUGUAAAAGUUACCGUGUGUUCCCUAACAAGUUAUAAUCGAAGUAGUUUGUAGAGGUUUCAUGGCAUCGGGAUGGUUGCUAGCUUGUUCUUGUUAAGGAUAUUUAACGUGAGUCGGUCUGUCACUGUGCACUUGGUGAUUAUUAUGCUUAGCAUCAGGAGUGUCAAAGUGCAAAAAAAGUGUGUGUGUCAAAUGUCGAAAGCGGGUCACAUAGUACAGGUAUAUAUAUAUAUAUAUAUAUAUAUAUAUAUAU